CGACUGCUGUAACUUAAACAAGUUUCUUUUUCAAAAUUUCAAGAAAAUUUAGUUUAUAUCUAAUCAGGUUUAGGGUGGUGUGCUUUUAUGUGAUAAAGUGAAAAUUAAGUGGAAUUAAUAUUUUUGUGCUGUCUGAUAGAGAUAUAAUUUCACCAUCAUGCCUUACAGAAACUCAGAAAAGCGAAAGGAGAAGUCACGUGAUGCAGCAAGAAGUCGACGAGGGAAGGAGGCGGAGAUCUUCUCCGAGCUGGCAGGUCAGCUCCCAAUGCUUCCAGCAACAAUUGAUGCCCUUGACAAGGCCUCGGUGAUGAGACUUCUGUUAAGUACGCUGAAAAUAAAAACUGUUAUGGAGAAAAGACCUAAACUAGAACAACCUGAUGAAGAUUCUGAAGAUGCUGCAGUGGAUUCCCUCUACCCUAAAGCACUUGAUGGUUUCCUUCUUGUCUUGUCUAAAGAAGGAGACGUCAUCUAUACAUCUGAAUCUGUUUCCAAAUUUCUUGGACUGCAACAGAUUGAUCUAAUGGGACAAAGUUUAUAUGAGUUUGCCCAUCCGUGCGACCACGAAGAGAUCCAGGAUGUGCUAGCCCCACAUGGAAAGGGAGAUGAACGUACUGCAGCAAGAACAAUAUUCAUACGUCUGAAAUGUACGUUGACAAGUAAAGGCAGGAGUGUGAACCUGAAGUCCGCUGUCUAUAAGGUAUUUAAACUGACAGGGAAGUAUGUACCGGAUGACACUGAAGUCCCAGAAGAUAACGAGAAUGAUAUUACUAUGAAGGAGGAGGAUGAGGAAGAGUAUGAUAGUGAUGAUUCUGACAGGGUGAGGCCCUACAGGCCCCAGCCACUCCCUCAUUUCCUCGCCAUCGGAGAGGCAAUACAUCACCCAUCAAACAUUGAAGUCCCACUAGAUAAAAGAACGUUCAUUAGCCGACACAGUAUGAACAUGAAGUUCACAGACUGUGAUGAACGAAUAAAGCGUCUGAUUGGUUACCAGAAUGAUGAAAUGGUUGGGCAAUCAUUUUACGCCUUCCCCCAUGCCAUUGACAGUAAAAUGAUGGAGAAGGCAUUCAAAGAUUUAUUUUCGAAAGGGCAAACAGCUACUGGCCAGUACAGAUUCCUUGCUAAAAAUGGCGGCUAUGUUUGGAUGGUAACCGAGGCAACUGUUAUCUUCAAUAGCCGCUCCCAGAAGCCAGAAUGUGUUGUUUGUGUACACUAUGUCCUGAGUCAUGUUGAGCAGCAUGGACGUGUUUUAUCUGAUGUCCAGCUUCCAUCUGCUGCAGUCGUCAAGGAAGAACAAGCUACACCCCCACCUUGUGAUGUUCUUAAAGCUACAACAUCAUCUUCAUCACCGAGAGUAUCAAAAACUACACCUAGAUGUAGCAGACGUAGGGACGUCAAACUGGAGGACAUGUUUCCUGUGCCAACUUUUAGUACAGAAACAGUGUUUGGCGAAAAAACAGAUGAUAUGGAACAAGACUUUUAUUUUCCCCAGGGCGUUAAAAAAACUUUAGACCACUCUGAUGAGCUGAAUCUGUCACACCUUGCACCACAAGAUGGCGAUGUCUGUAUACCACUUAGUGUGCCCAUAUAUGACGAUGUAAAGAAAGUGAAAGACUUCAGUCAGAUCAGUUUGUAUGACGAUGUGCCUAGGAAGAAAGAAGUUCCGUUGUCAAGGUUUGAGGAACGGAGAGGUGAUCCCCGCAUGGUCAGUCCUUCAAGAUCCACACCUGAAGGGACACUGAGUCCAGCAGAUAGCCCUGCUAGUUACUUAACGACAAUCAAUCCUAAAGACAUCAGUGCCAUGGAUGACCUAUUCACCACCCUUGACCCAAGCAUGGAAAAUGGACAGGAGAUAGACUUUACUUUACGGGCACCAUUUAUACCCAUGACUUCAGAUGAAGACUUUGUAUUAAGUCAGCCUUCCACGGACAGUCUUCUCAAUAUGGGAGCAGAUUUCAACCCAGGUAUUUUUGGUUGUACUGAGAGUGUUUUCCACCUGAGAGAUGAAUUGUACGAUGGUCCAACAACAGAGAAGAAAUCAAAAACUGCUUAUGAAAUAAUUGGAGAUAAUACAGUGAAGAAGAGCAUAGAAGGACCUCGAGAUCAGAUGAUGAUGAAAAUGAAGCGGAGGCUAGAUCGUAGUAACCUUGAAAAGGGACCGCCUGUGAAAAUGACAAAGUAUCAGUUACCUGUUGGUUUUGGGAAUAGCCUUCAUGUCGGAAUUCCUCAAGAAAACAGUGUGCUGAUGAACCUCUUGUUAAAGGGGGAAGAUGUUGCUCAUGGUUACAGUGUCCGUAAAAAGGACAAUAUCAUAUCAAAGAAAAGAGCAGACACAACAGGAUUUCUCCAGAAUCUACUCACGUCUGUGUCUAGCCAUGACGUAGAUGUAAAUGCUCCAGCACACAGCAGCCGACUCCUCCAGGGUCAGGACAUCAUGACUGCUCUUAGCAUGAACAAAAAACAAUUCUGUUAGGAAGUGACAUCACAGGAAGUAAAGUGGAAGGGGCGCAUUGUACAUAGAGUGUUUUAUUGUUGACAUUACACUGUAAAACUUAAAAAGCAAAGUGACAUUGAUAUGCCUUAUAUUGUGAGUCUCAUGUGAAGUUGGGAGUAUUUUGAAAUAUUUAGGUAGAACAUGUUGUUUUUUUGAGAUAUGACAGUUGUAAUAGUGCAGGGAACUGCUCGUAUCACUGUAUCAUCCUGGUGCAAAGUUUGAUGAAAAAAUUAACAUGUUUAGUAAAAUAAAUCCAGGUUUCUGAUAAACUACAGUAUCUUGUUCAUGGUUAAAGUUUUUAUUAAUAAAUCUUUUUUUGUGUGUGAUCAAAAUUAGACCUACCAACGGAUGCACACAAUUUAACCUUAUUGUCAGUUAAUGUGUGUUAAGAGAAAUAUCUUUCCUCAAUAUAUCUGUAAUAUAUUAUUAUCCAUAUUAAAGUUAAGUUUUUGUCAGGUAUUUUGAUGCAUGAUCAAGACAAUGUGUUAAGGUUUUUGCAAUAGUUUGUACGAAUACUGUUUUAUAAAAAAAAACUGCUUUUAAUUCUUUUUAGAUUCUCUGUGAUUCUCUGUGUUUUGGGCAAAGAACUCUAGAUUGUAUUUCCUUAUAUUUCGAUUUGUCAGUGAAUUUGACAGGCAUUUUAUAUCCCAUAGCACUGACACCUCAUAAUAUGACACCUUCAUAAAAUGGAGAUUUCUGAAUUGAAUGCAUAUAGAAUAUUAUCAGUUAUACGACUUUGUGAAACAUUCACAUCCUUGGCCUUAAGCUUCUAUAUGAGAAUACCAGGGUCAAGUUUUCUGUAUCAUACUUUUAUUCAUUCAUACGGUAGUUAAGUUGUUUGGAUUGAGAUAUAGAUAUACAUGUAUAUAUAUAUACUUUCAAGGGGAAAAUUUUAUCAGUCAGGAAUUUUGCUUGUAAAGAAAUUGCUUAAUUUUGCCUUGAAAACAGAAAUGAAAAAUGGUGGGGAGUGAACAAAAAAAGGAAUGCUAAACUUCUUAAUUUGACCAUGAUGUAAGACAAAAAUAAAAAAAUCUCAUAAGAAAUAUGCAGUUUUUAUCUUUAUAUGAUUUUAAGGGAAGAAAUGCAAAUUGAAACAAGUUAAAAAGACUACUAAAUGUAAAGCUGUUUGAUUGUAUCUUGAUUGUAUUUAGACCGUCACAUGAUUUAGGCAAUUAGCAUAACAUGCCUGUAUGAUGUUUGUAUAUCCUUUAUCAUUAUAUUGUAGUUUUGUAUAACAUAUUAGUAUAAGGUUUGUACUCAAAAAGAAAAAACUAAAAAAAAAAGGAAAAUUUGAAAAAAAUACAAAAAUAAAAGUAAAUGUAAAAAGCAUACAUGUGAAUUAGCUGAGCCGUGCCAUGGGAAAACCAACAUAGUGGGUGUGCGACCAGCAUGGAUCCAGACCAGCCUGCGCAUCUGCGCAGUCUGGUCAGGCUCCAUGCUGUUCGCUUUUAAAGCCUAUUGGAAUUGGAGAAACUGUUAGCGAACAGCAUGGAUCCUGAUCAGACUGCGCGGAUGGGCAGGCUGGUCUGGAUCCAUGCUGGUCGCACACCCACUAUGUUGGUUUUCCCAUGGCACGGCUCAGCUAUGUGUUGGAUUGGGUUUGCAAUUAACGGAGGCAAAUACAGGUGGGGCAAGGUUUUGUUGUCCAUUGAUUUGAACACAGACAUUUCAUGUAUAUAUAGACGGUGAUCACAUGUAUGCACCAAAAAAAAAAAAAAAAAAAAGGAGUUUGGGGUGGGGGAAAACUAUGGGGGACAGAUUGCACAAGUAUUGCUGUAAAGCAGAAUAACUGUCGCUGCACAAAUUCUGUUGCUGUUUGUCUAUAAAUCUGGUAUUAUAAUAAUAAUAAUAAUAUACUA